AGAUCUACUGAACGACAGAAGCCAAGGCAAAAAGACGGCCCAGGAGCUACAGGAAAUCGGUUCCAUUCUCCACCACAUCCUCUCCUCCACGGAAGGUUCGAACCCGGCCCCUGAACCUUCCUUCAAGCACCCCUCUAGGACACGACUCUCGUUAACCCCCUCAGACAGACGGACAACCCUGGAGGAAAUGAGAGACUUUCUUUUAGAUAGACAGACGGAGAAAAAGUCUAUGAGAAAGUCAGGAGGAGGAGGAGGAUCAGGAGGAGGGGGAGGACACUCCUCUCCUCUCGACGCCAAAAAAGACGAGGAUGACUCGCUCCCUCUUGUGACGUCGAAGAGGGGAAGAGAAGGGAUGUAUGGGGCCAUGCCUCCCAUGAUAGAGUUAUGCAGAAUGAUGGGGCUACAGCGCUGCCACUGACCAGGUCACUCGUAGCAAAGACAUUACUUCUGACAAACUGUGCAUUUCUGGGACAUCUAUGACGUUAUGUAAUAAAAUAUUAUUACAUAUAAAUAA